GCGUAGUAGAGUAGCGAGCCUGUCAUUCGGCGCAGGAGUAACCGUUAGAGCGCGCGCUGCCGGGGCAGGCGUCCUACUUGAAAAACAAGUUGUCCUUAUCAGGAGCUGAGUGGGAGAAGCUGGAGAUCGGCACGAACUAUAAGCUUCCCGAGAAGGUGCCAUUUUCCGGCGACUGCAUGGAGAGUUAGGAAUACCAUGAAGUGCACAUUCCUAAUUAUGUUCGUGAAGCCGAGUUUGUAUUUCGUUUUAAUUGUAUGCAUUGGGGUAUACGAGGCUGCGCCGCGCGUCAGCAGAAGCGAUGUUCCGUCUGUUGGAAAGGGGUCCGUUUCAUUCCCCGGGUCCACCGUGAGACCGACCAACUCCAUCACCAUGCCCAACCACCUCCCGGAGGACAGGAUCGGAGCGGUCACUUUCUUUGGGUUGACACCGGCUCCAACCACCGUUUCCACUGGGACUUUUGGAAACAGAGUGCGGCAUGCUCUCACCACUGCAGGAAGUACAGUCACUGUAACCCCGUCUGGCGCUAAACCUGCCGCUGAAGCUGGAAACGCUACACAAACUGCGAUAAAGCAGACUGGCGAAGCCGUUCCCGUACCGUCAUUCACUGCAGCGGCGUCCCCUAAGAUCCUAACCACUGCCCAUAAGACACCGAGGGACGCUGUGUCGCUGGUCCCCGAAAUGACCACCAAAGCAUGGGUUCGGGAGAGUGACGACCCCCAACUUACCACCAAGACCGACAGACAAGGGCCUGCAUGUAACUGCAGUGGAGAAGGCAUCCUGGAGCCCGGGGGCUGUGAUGGAGUCACGGGCCGGUGCCGGUGUCAGGCCGGCUACGUGGGCCCCCGGUGCGAGGCCUGCGAUGGCGGCUACUUCACCAAUGGCUCCAGCGGCUGCCUGCCCUGCGACUGCGACUCCGUGGGCUCUGUCAGCCUGUUCUGUGACAGCUCUGGGACGUGCGCCUGCAAGUCAGGGGUGUCUGGGUCCAAGUGUGACGACUGCCAGCCAGGCUUCUUCCGCUUUAGCAACGCUGGGUGUGAACCCUGCCGGUGCCACAACCACUCCAGCCACUGCCACCCGCAGUCCGGCAUCUGUCUGAACUGCCAAGGCAACACUAAAGGACCCGGCUGUGAGGAAUGCAAGUACAAUUUCUACAGAAGGCCAGGUGCCGCCCUGACGGACGUCUGCAUCCCCUGCCCGUGCUCCACUGUCACGUCCACUGGCAGCUGCCACAUUGAGUCCAGUGGGCAACCGGUGUGUGACCAGUGCCAGCCGGAGUACGAGGGCCCCAACUGCGACCGGUGUCGUGAUGGAUUUUACAACUCGGACAGCAUCUGCCUGCCAUGUGACUGCAGCGGUAACGGCGACCCUCGAUAUGCGCCCCGCCUCUGUGACCCCGACACGGGCCGCUGUCUGAGCUGCACCAACCACACAGCCGGCCCCCACUGCGAGCGCUGCGCCCCGGGCUACGUCGGCGACGCCCUCACCCAGAACUGCACCCUGAUAGUUGAGCAGGCCUUCACUACUGCAGACCUCCAGCCGACCCAGAUAGCGAACCGGGCUGUGGCUUUCCUCCCCAGCGGUCCGUCCGCCGACAGAACCAUGUCGUCUGGAGCCAAUGGCACCAGCCUGCCCACCGUGGCCACGACCCAAGCCUUGCUGACCAGCCUGGGCGGUCCAGUCGACAACUCCACCUUAGCUGAAGUGUCCUGGACCCAGUUCAACAUCGUGGUACUGGCCGUCAUCAUUGUGGUCGUGGUGCUGCUUACAGGCUUUGUGGGCGGGGUCUACACCUACCGCGAGUACCAGAACCGCAAGCUGAACGCACCCUUCUGGACCAUUGAGCUGAAAGAGGAUAACAUCAGCUUCAGCAGCUACCAUGACAGCCUACCCACCGCUGACGUGUCCGGUUUGCUGGAGGACGAGGUCGCCGAUGCGGUACCCAAUGGCCAACUGGCCAUCACAGGCCCCAUGAGCAUCUACAAGGCCUAGCCCCUGGCCAGGACCAGACCAAGGCCGCCCACAAACUGUCUGUGGGGGUUCGGGGAGCAAACCAGGAGCAAUGGGCUGGGUAUGAGGGGGAAGCAUCCCAAGAAUGGGGUUUGAGGCUGUACAGUGGGGUUCCCUGCUUCUCCGUGCCUUGUCACAUUGAGAGAACUCGCUAGGGAAUCUAGUUUACAGCAAAAUGCAAGGUUGCACAGGAAUCAAAGCAGCACUUUCGGCAAGUGGAAAACAUGUGGGAGGAAAUAAAGUUGAAAAGCCAUACCUUGACACUGACACAUAGGGGUAUCUAUAGCAGGGACGGGGUCAGCUCUGGGGAAUAAAAGAGGGCCCAGUGCAAGGGGAUGGGCAUCUCAGCCACUACAGCACAAGGACUGCUGUGCACCUGGACACUUUAGAGGGAUCACUCACCAGUAGGGGGCACUGCUGUAUUUACUGGGAUUCCAGUUCUAAUUUUUCAAACAGGGUCCUGUAACAGACCCCAAUUAUGCAUAGAACCAAGAAAAGGGCAAUAAAAAAAAACAGACAACUCGUUUAAUUAAUGAAAGUAACUAGAUGCUGACAGCGUUCUGAUGCAGAACUACAGAGAAGCGUGUUCGUAGGAUCUUCCAAGUAUUGAAGACUGAGGGGAAGUUCAUCCCACCACCAGAAGGUGUAGUACCAGAGUUCUGGCUGUAGGGGGUGGUGUUGUAAAGACUUAGCAAAGGUUAGCACCUGAGUGUGUUGCUCUGCUGUCAGACUUUGUAGUGCUUAGUCUCGUGCUGGUUGGAUGUCGUCCUCAUUCAGAAGAGACAUGCCGUUUAGGAUGAUGUUCUCGAUAUAACAGGAGCAGUUAAUAGUGUGUUUUUCAUCCUGAAGUUUGAAGUUCAUUUUUACUUUUUUUCCUACAAGGAGAAAGGACAACAGUGGGAGUGAUGCAUCACACUGGAUCGAAGCGUGUAGCUCAUUCUGCAGCUUGCCCUCCAGGCCCACUCCCUCUGGCUGGUUUAGGUUUCGGCUGAUUGGGCAUUUGUGCGCCCUCUGCUAGUGCCCUUAGCCCAGCAGGUUUGGUUGGACUGUGUGUGUGGGUGUGCCUCUGGGAGCCGGCAGGUUGUUUCAUGUUAAUCUGGAGGCUGACCCCUUUUAUAACUUCAAGGCCCCGUUUUGUAACGAUGUCGUAAUGGUAACCCAGUUUGCACGCUCAAGCCGUGACUCAGUUCCUGUAAGCUUGUGUGUUUGCACGUUCUUGCCAUAAGAUGCUUAUUGAACUGAGCGGUAAGAUUUUUUUGAACACAGGGCAUUUUAAAGAGAUGAGAUGCAUUUAAAAGUAGCAGAAGCACAUGCACAUAUGUCCACGUCAUGUUGUAUAGAUGUUCACAUACACCCCACUGUGCCCGGGGUAGACCCAGAGAGGUGUGAUGUCUCUGCCCCCCUUUCCCCCCCUACUAGCUACUCGGUGGACUCCACGUUCCGCCAUGACAACGUAGCCACCUGGGGGUGAGGGUCCAUCCAUCCAGCUGAAUAUCUCCACCCUCUGGGGUGCUUGUAGGGUUAAAUAAAGACACUGCGCUGUACAGAUAGAUGCAAUUAAGAGCUUAUCAUAAAGCACCCCCCCUCCAGAAAAAAUUAAAACAGAGGUAAAACUCUAAGAAAAGGUAGCGUACCUCUGGCCAGCCUGGGUCAGGCGGAUGUUGCAAUGAUACUUAGAACCUUCUGUUUAUAGUGAAUAACAAGGUGUAUAUAUGACAGGCUAAUGUUGCAUAAGCUGUAUUUAAUAAUAAAAAAGGUUUUAUCGAU